GCCGCUUCCGGCCCCGCGCGCUGACACCGUCAUGGCGCAACCGGCAGGAGCCGUGUCUUGCCACACGGGUGUCACGCAGGAUCGCUUCCUCGCGGACCUCUACCCACAGAGAAAGCCAGUAGUGCUGAAAGGAAUAGACUUGGGUGCUUGCACAGCCAAAUGGACAGUGGAUUAUCUGAGCCAAAUAGCAGGAGCUAAAGAAGUAAAGAUUCAUGUUUCCACAGUGCCGCAGAUGGACUUCCUCAGUAAGAACUUUGUGUAUAGAACAUUGCCUUUUGAUACGUUUGUGCGGAGAGCAGCUGAAGUCACACACACAGAGUAUUUUAUAUCUGAGGAUGAAAAAUAUUAUUUGCGAUCCCUGGGUGAAGAUCCAAGAAAGGAUAUUGCAGAUAUUAGAAAGCAAUUUCCUUUAUUGGCAGAAGAUAUUCAGAUCCCAGAAUAUUUUGCAAAGGAACAGUUCUUCUCCAGUGUCUUCCGCAUCAGCUCAGCAGGACUGCAGCUGUGGACACACUAUGAUGUAAUGGAUAACUUCUUAAUCCAGGUAACAGGAAAGAAACGAGUUGUGUUGUACAGUCCUCGAGAUGCACCGUAUUUGUAUUUAGCAGGCACUAAAUCAGAAGUGCUGGAUGUGGACAACCCAGACCUGGAAAAAUAUCCCCUUUUUUUGAAAGCCAGGCGCUAUGAAUGCUAUCUUGAAGCAGGAGAUGUGUUGUUCAUUCCAGCUUUGUGGUUCCAUAAUGUAAUUUCUGAGGAGUUUGGUGUGGGUGUGAAUAUCUUCUGGAAGCACCUUCCUACCCAGUGCUAUGAUAAAACAGACACUUAUGGAAAUAAAGAUCCUACAGCAGCCACCAGGGCAGUACAGAUCUUGGACAGAGCUUUGAAAACACUGGAGGAACUACCUGAAGAAUAUAGAGAUUUUUAUGCUCGCAGAAUGGUUUUACGUAUCCAAGAAAAAGCCUACAGCACUAACUAUGAAUAAAUUGCAUAAUGCAAGUCAACUGAAAUGCUCCAGGAACAGAGAAGGAUGUAUAUGGACACUGCACAUGCAGAUACUUUGUUAUAAGACUUCCACAAAAGCCUGUUAAUAAACAUAUAACUUUGUAGCUAAAUACUUA